GUGGAGCCGAUGCUAAAGUCUAUGACAACUUUGCAAAGGACCUUCGAAAAUUUACAGACGCCAGCAGAAGCAAGUUCUCCACCACAUCGCUGCGAUUUUUUUCUGCCUAUCCGAAGGCGGGAGUACCCUUCACGCCGGAGCGGCACUUGAAGGCGAGCUACACAGUUAGAUCGACCGACUGCGACAUGUACAACGUACUUUUCCAGGGUCGGGUACCCUCCAUGAUGGAGUCCUGCUAUCCACAGAAGGACGUCCGGGCAUUCUACGUCAACAUCCGAAUGUCCGUUCACCCUGGCGAUGAGCUGGCAGUCCAUGUUUUUGCCGACAAGGCGAGGGCGUUCUUCGUUUGUCUACGAGGCAAAGACCCAGUUCUCACGGCUGUCGGCCAUUACGAGGCCAUGGCCGUUUGCCAGGAAGUCAUGAAAUGCGCCUCCUUGAGGUUGCCCCUCAUCCUCAAGUUCUGCAAUGAUGGCUCCAAGCCAGCCCCGUGUGAGGACUACGACUUCUCGAAAAUCUGCGGCGCGUGA